CGUGCGGUCGGGGUGGCGGCAGGGUUGCGCGCUUAAAAAUCCUGGGAGAGCGUCUCUGCGCCACUCACCAACCGCAUCUGCUGGACAGACGUCAGCUGCGGCCGCGACACCGAUACCAGCUGCACACACGCCAGGUCAUGGCUAGCGCAGGGGAGGCAGGCAAGCUGUGGGGAGGCCGGUUCACCGGACCGGUGGACCCCGAGAUGGACAAGUUCAACGCAUCGCUGCGUUACGACCGGCGCAUGUACCGACAGGACAUCAAGGGCAGCAAGGCCUACGCUUCUGCCAUUCAGAAGGCUGGACUUCUGACCAGGGAGGAGGAGACACAAAUUCAGCGUGGGUUGGACCAGGUCCUGUCCGAGUGGGAGACCGGCUCGUUCGAGGUGCGGCCCUCGGACGAGGACAUCCACACGGCCAACGAGCGGCGCCUGACCGAGCUGGUGGGCGCGCCCGGCGCCAAGCUGCACACCGGCCGCAGCCGCAACGACCAGGUGGCCGUCGACACCCGGCUGUGGCUCAGGGAUGUCAUUCAGGAGCAGCUGGAGCCGCUGCUGCGCGAGAUGAUCACCACGCUGACGGAUCGCGCGGAAGCGGAGGUGGACAUCCUGAUGCCGGGCUUCACGCACCUGCAGCCGGCACAGCCCGUCAGGUGGAGCCACUGGCUCAUGAGCCACGCCUGGUUCCUCCGCUCCGACCUGCGCCGCCUGCAGCAGCUGACGCAGCGCGUGGACAGCUGUCCGCUGGGCUCCGGAGCCCUGGCCGGCAACCCGUUCGCGGUGGAUCGAGCCGCGCUCGCCGCCGAGCUCGGCUUCACGGCCGUCACGCCCAAUAGCAUGCUGGCCGUCAGCGACCGCGACUACAUCGCCGAGUUCCUGUUCUGGGUGUCGCUGUUGGGCACGCACUUUUCGCGGCUGGCCGAGGACCUGAUCAUCUUCUCCACGCCCACCUUCGGCCUGGUGCACAUCGCUGACGCCUACAGCACCGGCAGCUCGCUCAUGCCGCAGAAGAGGAACCCGGACGGGCUGGAGUUGGCUCGGGGCAAGGCCGGUCGCUUCCUGGGCAACUGUGUCGGCCUGAUGACGGCGCUGAAGGGCACGCCGUCAACCUACAACAAGGACUUCCAGGAGGAUAAGGAGCUGCUAUUCGACUCUGCGGACAAUGUCACCGGGGUGAUCCGUGUCAUGACCGGAGUCGUCUCCACGAUGACGGUGAGCGCCGACAGAUGUCGCCAGCUGCUGUCUGAGGGCAUGCUCGCCACCGACGUCGCCUACUACCUCGUCAGACAAAACGUACCAUUCCGUGAGGCGCACAACCUGGCCGGCAAGUGUGUGGCUCUGGCCGAGGCCAAGGGGGUGCCGAUGCGCCAGCUGUCUUUGGACGACUUCCAGGGCAUCAGCGCGGCGUUCGGCGCCGACGUUGCGUCCAUCUGGAGCUUCGAGGCGAGCGUGGAGCAGUACCAGGCCGAGGGCGGCACCAGCCGGACGGCCGUGCUCAAGCAGGUGGCGCAGAUGAGGGAGAGCAUGGCCGCCGCCUAGUGGGAGGGCGGCCCACCCGCGCCGGUACAACGACCACCAGCGGAAGCCCGUGGCCGACCCCCCGGUAGUGCCGCUGACAGGCCGCGAUUGCUCGCGUGCCCAGCGGCCCGACGGAUCUGACCGGCUAGCGUAUACAAUCAAAGAUUAGCGAAUCUUACGGUGUAACUGUUGCCGUUUUGUACGAGAUGUAAACGCAUGGUAUACAGAA